UCACUGCCAACACAGCCGUGCUGUUCAUUCAUGACCUGUGUUUGCUUCGCUCGCUCUCGUCCUCCUCGCACAGUGUUCAGCGUGAAAAUUAAAAUUUCUCUCUGUGUGAUUUGAUAACUGGGGGCAGGGCAGGCGGGGCUGGCACUGUGCCAAAGAUGGCAUUGGCAUGCCGUUGGCUGCCACAAACACAGCCUUUUUCUUACGCCAGCGCGCGACUGCCGGCAGCGGGCGCCUAGGGGGCAGCAGCAGGUACGGCAGGGCACGGCGGCCGUCUUACCAAGCAUAGCAACCGCGCAGCCGAUGGAAAUGGCGAAAGCAAAAGGUGGCGCGGGUUGCUAGGCCAGCUCGUGUGCGCGAAGUGCGUGCGUAUGAAAACGUGAGGGAGGAGAGGAGGUGAGAGGAGAGAGGGGAGAGGAGGUGAGAGGAGAGAGGGGGGAGGGGAGGCAAGCAUCACACGCUGUCACUCUGAUGGGUGAGAGAGAGAGCACAGGAGUGUUAUUUUAAGGGGAAAGCUACCCCUCUUGCCCCUCUCCAUCGCCACCUCCCUCUCUUUCCUCCUCUCUCUCCUGGAGGAGAGAGGAGAAGGGGGGGCCAAGAGCCAGCCUCCCACCACCACCACUGUAGUCUCGUCGUCACGAGCUGAGCAUUCAUCGCUCCUCACCGACCCACCGCGGGGAACCAAGAAAGGCCGCAAUGGAGAUUGGCAGUACCGGCGCCGGUGGCGGCGGCGGCGGGGACGACCAGCUCCACGGGCUCAAGUUCGGCAAGAAGAUCUACUUCGAGGACGCGGGCGGCAGUAGCAGUGGCAGCGCGAGCGCGCCGCCGCCACCGUCCUCUUCGCCUAAGCCGGCCUCGGGAGCGCCCAGCGGAGGCAAGAAGGGGAAGGGCGCGGCCGGCGGGGCGUUGGCCUCGUCGGCACCGGCGCGGUGCCAGGUGGAGGGGUGCAACUUGGAUCUGAGCGGUGCCAAAGCGUACUACUGCAGGCACAAGGUGUGCGCCAUGCACUCCAAGGCGCCCCGCGUCGUCGUCAACGGCCUCGAGCAGCGCUUCUGCCAGCAGUGCAGCAGGUUCCACCUGUUGCCUGAAUUUGACCAAGGAAAACGCAGCUGCCGCAGACGCCUUGCAGGCCACAAUGAACGCCGGAGGAAGCCGCCCCCUGGACCUCUUGCAUCACGCUAUGGUCGCCUUGCUGCAUCCUUUGGUGAAGAGCCCGGCCGGUUCAGAAGCUUUCUGUUGGAUUUCUCAUACCCAAGGGUUCCAAGCAGCAUGAGGGAUGGGUGGUCAGCAGUUCGACCUGGUGAAAGGGUGCCUGGUAGUAUCCAGUGGCAAGUGAACUUAGAUCCUCAUCAUCAUCACAGUGCAGUCACGGGAUACGGCGCCCACUCAUAUGGUAGCCAGGGUAGCUCCACCACAGGGCCACCGGUGUUCCCUGCGCCGGAGCUCCCUCCGGGCGGAUGUCUCGCAGGAGUCUCCGCUGACUCAAGCUGUGCUCUCUCUCUUCUGUCAACUCAGCCAUGGGAUACUACCCACAGCACCAGCCACAACCGUGCCGCGACAUUGUCCGCAACAGCAGGCUUUGAUGGCAGUCCUGUGGCACCCUCCCUCAUGGCGAGCAACUACAUUGCGCCGAACCCCUGGACUGGCUCUCGGGGCCAUGAAGGCGCGCGGAAUGUGCCAUCUCAGUUGCCACCUGAAGUCCCUCUCAAUGGGUUGCAAUCUGGCUCUAGCCAUCACGGUCACUUCUCAGGUGAGCUCGAGCUUGCCCUGCAGGGAAACAGGCCAGCGCCAGCGCCACGCAUGGACCAAGGCUCCACAGGCACAUUCGACCAGGGCGGCAGCACAGCGGGCUGGUCCCUGUAGGGACCAAAUAGCCUGCUGUUGGUGCUCUCUAUCAUAGUCGCACAAAGAGAUAUGGAACUAAAAGCCUGAUGCUGCCUGCCCUUUGCUUGCUGUCGGUUUUGCAGUAUGGGAAGGGAUUCCUGAAAUAUCAGGCAACUAAUUUCUUUUGUGAUCCAUAAUGUGUCCAUGAACUCAUCUGUUGCGUCUAUGUAAACCUCCGUUAUUUGAAGUUAUCAGUAUGCAUGUUGAGGACUUUAUUCGA